AUGUUGGUUGGGACUGCUGUCUUGUUAUCGUUACCGGCACCUGUACACCUGAUAAGGCAAUGUCAACCGCACGACAAGGAACAAGACUCCCUGCUAACCAGCCUGACAAUGUCCGUUCUUCUCCCUGGCUACCCUGUGCCCAGAUUGCCCCCUAAUCGAUACUACCCUUUCUUCAUGCAAAUGGUCCGGCCGGCCACCGAUAUGGCAUUACAGAGGUACUCGGAGAUUUUACCAAAUCACAACGUCACUGUCCUAUACGGGAAUACGCUUUGUGAAUCGGGUAUUGCACUCAAUACUGCCUUGGUUGAUUGGCUGGACCAUGGAGCCGAUGUGUUUAUCGGACCGGCCUGCGAAUACACGGCCAGUCAAGUCAGCCGAUUUUUGGGGUUCCGGAAUGUACCCAUGGUGACUGGAGCGGCCAUGGCGAUGGGUUUCAGGAGAGACGGUGACCACCCUACGAUAACCAGAACUCAGGCACCUUACAACAAAAUGGGUGAGGCGGUCCGUGAUUUCUUUGUGCAGUUUGCGUGGAAUCACACGGUUAUGGUCUACCGUAAGGAAGAUGUGCCGAUAAGUGAUUGUAAGUUUGCGAUGGGAUCUAUAUACCGUGUCCUUCUUGAACAUGGUUUUCAAACAACUCACGGAGAUUUUGAGGAAGUAAUUUUCAAAGACAGGGAUUACAUAACGAUGCUUGAGGAAGAGGUCAUGCCUAAAGCAAGAAGUAAGUUGCUCCUCCCCCUAUCCCAAUCCCCACGUUUGCUUUUCCUUCUCUUUCUCUUUUAA